UUACCGUCCUACCAAUAUACUACUCCGGGGUAUAACUUUGAUAAUUAGACUAAAAACUACUAAUAAGAAUGCCAGAAACCCGAUGCAGGUUCGCCGUAAAUUUAACUACCUUUACCCUGCCUUUGGUUCUUGAUUUCAUCCUCAUCUGCAUCUACUAUUGGGCAUACAACUCGUGUGUCAAAAUUAAAGAUGUCCAGGUCCCAUUGCAGAUUGGGGGAUUCCUUUUGUCAGUAAUGGGCGGGUUUAGCCUCCUAACAUUCUGUAAGAGAAAGAGCAUUGAAUGUGGAGCUUGUAGCUUCUGUUCAUACAUUGUAUUCGCCGUUAUUUUCUUCGUGGUCGUUUUUUUCUCACUCAAUUACGGCUUCAACACCGGCCUCUCUGGCUCCUCCUUUGACCGGGCGGAGCCGUACGGGUCUCACCCCCGCCUCGAUCACUUCCCCCAAGCGUUUCGGGAUAAAGUUAGUGGCGCCGAAGAGUGGGAUCACAUCAUAGCUUGCCUCGCUCCUUCUAUCGGCUGUGAUCGCUUGAAUCGAACUUACACUUCCCCUCAACAACUCUCCUCAGCACAUCUCAACCCAUUGCAGUCUCAAUGUUGUAUGCCACCGUCACAAUGUGGGCUAUCGUUUGAAGUCAAGUGUACUUUAGCUAGGAUGAUGGAAUCGAAUGAGAAGUGGAAGGGAAGGGUAUCAGCAAGGCUACAAAAGGCCACCGCCGAUCAUAUCUGGCCACUCUUUCUUGAUUUCUUCAGUCUCAACAAAUGGUUCCCGGGCCUAGCCGUUUGCCACGGCGUUCACGGCACCAACGGAGAGCCCGGAUGCGUCCGCUACUGCGCCGGAUUCUCCCUGCCGUCGGAGAGCGGUUGAUACGGUAUCGUAUCGAGAUAGGGAAGGUUGAGCACCUUCGAGCUAUAGAAUCGAGGAAAAGGGGGAGACUGAGAAGGGAGAGGGGAAGACGGCCGUUGAUCGGCGAGGAGGAGAGAUGGAGUUUAGGGUUAGGAAAAUAUCUCUUUAUUGAUUGAAUAAUAAACUCAUGCAUAA